AUGGCCGACUCCGACGGCGAGUACGUUGAGGACAUAUCCGAUGACGAUCUCCACGAUCAUCGGGUAACCAACGCCAACGGCGCAGGCGGAAAACCCGGGAAAGCGCGCGGCAAGAAAGGCAAGGGUGGACACUCCAAGGCGCGGUGGGAGGACGUCAAGCGCAGUUGGGAGGAAGUUACAGAGGGCGCCGACGGCAGCCUUGCGGUUGGUGCAAGUCUUGAGGCUGAAAAGAGGAGGAGGUUGCUCAAAGAUACGACGCCGUUACAGCGGGGAAUUAUUCGACAUCUGGUACUCGUAUUGGACAUGUCAUUCGCCAUGACAGAGAAGGAUAUGCUACCCAAUCGCUACCGCGUCACUUGGGCAUACGCGGCAGAUUUCGUCAAAGAGUACUUCGAGCAGAACCCUAUCUCCCAACUUGGAAUCAUUGGGAUGCGAGAUGGUGUUGCUCUUAGAAUCAGCGACAUGAGUGGCAAUCCCACCGACCACCUUGAGAAGCUCAAGUCCUUCGAGGGGCAAGACCCAUCAGGCAACCCCAGCUUACAGAACGCCCUCGAGAUGUGUCGCGGUGCACUUUUUCACGCCCCUUCGCAUGGCACCCGCGAGGUGCUCGUGGUUUUCGGCGCUCUGCUCUCUUCCGAUCCCGCUGAUAUUCACGAAACGAUAUCUUCUCUUAUAACCGAUCGUAUCCGCGUCUCUGUCGUCGGUCUUGCCGCGCAGGUUGCCAUCUGUGCCGAGCUUUGCAGCCGGACAAACUCCGGUGAUGACACUCAGUACAGUGUUUGUAUGAACGAUGCCCACUUCAGAGAUCUACUCCUCGCUGCCACCACCCCGCCCGUCACCCGCACCGCUGCGCAGAGCACUGCAUCCUUGCUCAUGAUAGGAUUUCCAUCAAGAACACUCGUUCGGGGUGAGGCCACCGCCAUUUGCGCUUGCCACAACAAGCCCGCUCGUGAAGGCUACCUCUGCACUCGUUGCAGCACCCGUGUGUGUCGCCUACCCAUCGAAUGCCCAGCGUGCGGUCUGACACUCAUUUUAUCCACCCACCUCGCUCGCUCGUAUCAUCAUCUAUUCCCACUUCGAAACUGGGUCGAGGUACCAUGGGCCAAGGCCGGAGGUUCCAAGGCCUGCUACGCUUGUCUCACGGCCUUCCCAGAACCGCCUAAGGCCUCUAAGAAGAGGGACAAGGAAAAAGCGAACGACAUUGACGGGGUGCCUACAACAACGCCAAUGGCUCCGACUCCAGUGGCACCAUCUGAGCUAAAAGGGGUCAGCGAAAGCGGCCGAUAUGCCUGCACUGUGUGCAACAGCCACUUCUGCAUCGACUGCGAUGUAUACGCUCAUGAGGUUAUCCACAAUUGCCCCGGCUGUCAGAGUGGAACCCGAGGAGCGAGGAUGGAUGACGUUGUUGCGACCAAUGGGGUACAUGAGCAUCAGCUAAAUGGGACGGCAAUGGCUGUCGACGCAUGA